AUGGCUUCUACACCUUCUGGAACUCCGCAACAGCCUCGCUUCGAUGUCGACUACGUCAUCCGUUUUCGCUUCGGCGAUAAAGAUUGCACACAAGCAACUGAGCAGUUGGAACGAUUACUGCGUAACUUGGCAGAGAUAGGACUAGAAGUUGAAGUUAGACCGGGCGAUGCGUGGUCCCUUCUCAUCUUCAUCCGCGCACAUAGAAAGAGUCUUGGACGCGCUGUGUAUCAAUCACGCGUUCGUGACUGGCUUUAUGGCGUCCAUAACAGCGAACCCAGCCGUACGCGCUUUGUCGAGCCGCAGACAGAGGCCGAGCGCCUACGCGUGAUCAACAACAUGAUCACCCUUCCUCCUGAACAAGGCGGUGCUGGAAUAACUCCUAACCAUGGAGAAUGGAAGAAUGUGGCGGAUGUCUUUCCAUUGCAUGACCAGGCGACAAACAGACAGUGGAUGCGGGAUUGGAGUAAGAAGACGUUCCUCUCAACGGAGGAUCUAGAUCAAAUCAGGAACAAAUUUGGGGAAAGCGUUAGCUUUUACUUCGCAUUCUUACAGUCUUACUUCAAAUUCCUGGUCUUUCCGGCCUUGUUCGGCUCCUUUUGUUGGUUCUUCCUCGGGUACUAUUCUACCGUAUACACCGUGAUUAAUUGCUUGUGGGGUGUUAUUUUUAUCGAAUACUGGAAGCAGAAAGAAGUUGAUCUGAGCUGUCGGUGGGAAACCAAAGGCGUCUCCGCGGUUCCAACAAAGAGACGAGAGUUUCUACCCGAAAAAGAAGUUCGAGAUGCAAGUACUGGGGAGGUCAGAGGGGUAUUUCCACUGCCUAAGCGCAUUGCACGGCAAUUCCUGCAAGUUCCCUUCGCGUUGCUCUCGAUGGUGGCCCUUGGAGUGAUCAUAGCUACUUGUUUCGCUAUUGAAAUCUUUAUUUCGGAGGUCUAUAACGGACCGUUUAAGACAUAUCUGGUCUUCAUUCCUACCAUCCUGGUAUCCUCACUGGUGCCGACCCUAAGUGCGAUUUUGACAUCCAUUGCAACAAAGCUCAAUGACUACGAAAACUACGAGACGAAGGAAACGUACGAUGUGGAACUAACUCGGAAGAUUUUUGUUAUUAAUUUCAUAACCUCGUACCUUCCGAUAUUCCUGACUGCGUUUGUCUAUGUGCCGUUCGCUAGCCUUAUCGUGCCGUACUUGGACAUUUUCCAGUUGACUGUCCGGCCCUUCGUAUCCAAGGAACAGGCCACAGCAGUUCGACCAGAAUUCAGCAUUGACCCCUCUCGUCUGCGAAAUCAAGUUAUCUACUUUACGGUCACCGCUCAAAUAGUGGGUUUUGCCAUGGAGACCAUUGUUCCCUUCCUGAAGCAGAAUCUCUUCCGGAAAUACAAGGCGUAUACCCAGUCUACGAACAAGAAGGAACCGGUUGCCAUCCAGGACGCUACCCCGGAGGAAGCUGAAUUUGUGUCUCGUGUCCGCAAUGAGGCCGAAUUGCCCGAAUACGACGUGACCGAAGAUCUUCGUGAGAUGUGCAUCCAAUUCGGGUAUCUGUCUCUCUUCUCUCCCACGUGGCCACUAGUCCCCCUCUCCUUUGUGAUAAAUAACUGGGUUGAGCUCCGGUCCGACUUCUUCAAGAUCUGCAUCGAAUGCAAACGACCUGUCCCCCGUCGCACAGAUACCAUUGGUCCCUGGAUUGAUAGCCUAGGUCUCCUCUCCUGGCUCGGUAGCAUAACCAGUGCUGCUCUAGUGCACUUGUUUAGCAACGGCCAUGGAAUGCCUAAUGGAAAGCCUACUGUGAAAGGUUGGGCGUUGUUACUGACUAUUUUCUUCUCGGAACAUCUCUAUCUGCUAGUCCGCUAUGCGGUGCGCGCAGCGAUGACGAAACUUGAGCUUCCCAACAUCCAUCAGGAAAGAACGGAACGGUAUCUUGUACGGAAGAGAUAUCUAGACUCCACUAUUAAAGGGGCAGGAGACGAGAGCGAGGAGACCACUCUAGAAGACGACACGUCCGUGCCGUCCAUGGGCGCUGGAAAUCCGACAGAGAAAUUUUGGAUGAGACAAAAUAACUGGAUGGAGUCGGCGUCUGUCGGUGCUAGCAUAAUCCAGGAGGAGGUCGCGAGUGCGGAUGUCAAGAAACAGCAGUGA